AUGGACUCCGCCGCCAGCUCUCCUACCGGUCUGAACGCCGAGUUUGAAGACAGAGAGCGUCAUGACCUCAUUGAAAUCCUCGCCCGAACAAUGAGCGAUGCAGGCCUUCCCUUUACCCAGGUCACCUGGGCUACCUUUUGGCUGGCUGACCUCCAGAGUUUGCGUGACAUUGUCAGUACGCCGCCUAGUAUCAUGAGGAACAUCUGCACCUCGGCCGGCACGGUAUAUGAUCAGAUCGUCAAGCCGUGGAACACACGAGUUAGGUCCAAGGCCACUGUUCCGUCCACCCCCGCCUCAGCCACGACGACACCCCUGGUCGCCCAGCCGAUGCCCGAACCAUCUCCGGAAGCACAACCUUCCACCCCUAAGAGACGUCGAAUCAUGCCAGAGACCUCGCCUUCCACGUCGAGCCCCUUGAGACUCAAUACCACGGUUGCUAUGGCAUACAGCUCACCUGCCCCCAAGUCCCCACGCUCUAGGGAGGCAAAAGAUCAGUCCAAGGCGAGAGACAACGGACGAUGCAUCGUGACAAAGGCAGGACACGUCGUGGAAGUGGCGCAUAUCUAUCCGUACUCCCUUCAGGGGCAGCAGGUCAGGUCAGCACACUUCUGGGUGCUCUUGAGCACCUUCUGGGCGAGCGAGAGGAUCAAACGCUGGGAAAAAGACAUUCUUGGCCCGCAGGGCACCGAGAGCCCUGUGAAUCUAGUCACUCUGGCCCCGCACACUCAUGCCUACUGGGGCAAUGCUCUCUUUGCGUUGAAGCCGGUGGAAAAGAGCGACGAUGGCACGAAGAUGGAAGUUCAGUUCUUUUGGCUGCGCCCCGUCUCUUCUGCGGGCCCUGACAUUCUUCUCGCCCCCCCCUCCAUUCCGGAAGAUUUGGAUUCCUCCGUUGAAAACGUCAAACUGCUCGAUUGCCAGGUGGACAAGAAGCUUUGCUCGGGAGACUGGAUCGUCCUCACCACAGAUGAUCCCGUCAACCGUCCGCUCCCCAGCUUCAAUCUUCUGGAGAUGCAGUGGGUGCUUCACCGGCUCACUGCCCUCUGUGGCGGCGGCGACAUCCCAUCCCCCCCAAGCUCCGAUGACGAGGACGGCGAGGCAGAAGAAGAAGUCUGGCUCGAAUACUGUGAUGCGGAUAGCGAGUGUUCAUAG